AUGGAAGUCAUUGUUGAGUAUGAUUAUACUGCUGAGGAAAACGAUGAAUUAACAAUUAAAAAGGGUGAUGUCAUCAGAGACGUUUCUCAGUUCGAGGAAGGAUGGUAUAUUGGAUGUCUGAAUGGUCGUAUUGGAGUUUUUCCAGAUAAUUUUGUCAAGGUUAAAUCAUCUGCGCAAUCCAAGGUGUCGCCUAUUACAGUCGCUGAAGUCGGAUCAAAACAGACAAACAAUAUUGAUACUAAUAAUAUGUCAACCAGUGACUAUGAAAAUAAUCAUCAAUCCACUUCUCCAGCAAAACCUAAACCUGUUUGUGGAAUUGGCUUAGGCAAUAUCUUCAGUGGUCAACCUAUUCAACUGAAACAAACCGCUUUAAAAGAAGUAGUCAAUAAAGAAAAUGAAUCAGUUGCUGAAAGGACUAUCGGAAACAGUAAAAUAAUUCAUCAUGAUGACACUUCAUCGAGUCAUUAUUCAGCCAAUCAAGUUCGAGCACGUUAUGAAUAUGUACCGAAACAAGCGGAUGAAUUAGAACUGCACAUUGAUGAUAUUAUACAAGUAUUAGAUCGUAAUUUACCUGAUGAUGGUUGGUGGAAAGGUAGAAAUAUGCGUACAAAUUUGAUUGGUAUAUUCCCGGAUAAUUUUGUUGCACCUAUGAAUGGUACAAACAAAGAAUUAGAUGAGAAUAAAUCACAGCAUUCUACAAAUCCAUCCAAUGUACCAAAUAAAAGUGUAUCUGUUAAAACAAUUACACUACAGAAUGGUAAUGAAAAUACUGCAAAUCCUAAAAGUCUUCGAAGCACUAAUCCUACACUCUCACCAAAUUCAAGUCAUGCAACUACAUUUGACGCGAAUCGAAUAACCAAUAAUAAACCUUUAACUCAUAGUUUUUCCACUAGAACAGCUGUUGUACCAAGUUCUGGUACAAUAACUUAUCAAUCAAGUAAUUUCACGAAUACUGUAUCUUCUGGCGGAUCAUUAUCUUCAGUGGCAAGGUCGAAUUCUUUUGGCAAUUCAUUAAAUAUCAACCAACCAACUGCAGCAACAACCGGUUCCAGUUUAGCUCAAGGUGUAAUUAGUUCAGCUAUUAAUGGUAAAUGGAGAUCAACUGAUAAACAUGAUACUUAUGAAUUGUCAAAAGUUCACAAUGGAGGUGAUGAUGAUACAAAGCCGAUAGAUAAUGUAAGUGUGCAAAGAUUAGUCGGGUGUACAGCUGGUCGACCAAGGCAACCUGGUAGAAGACUUCCUACCAAGUUAUCUAAUGUUACAAAUGCAGCUCCUGAUUUAACUCAUCCAUUGAAUACUCCUCCUAUUCGAAGUACUAUUCCAGCGUCGAAAUCCACUGAUACUACUACUCAUAUUAUAUAUGAUACACCAGUAGUGAAUAGGAUUAAUGCAACAGAGAUAAAUGAAAAUCAUAUUAGUUCAUCAUCAUUAAGUGUUGAACCAGUUGACAAGACCAAUGAAUCCACCACAUAUAAACAACAACAAGGACGAACAACCAACCCGACUAUAAAUUCGUCACGGACAACUAAUCUGCAGGGUAGUGAAAGUUCCAAUGGUUCAAGUGAAAUAAAUCAGAGCUCUGAAAAUCUGCUGAAUUUAACAAAUCAUGUAGCAUUAAAUCAUCGUGCCAAUAAAAGUCAACAGCAUGAGGACAUGCAACAACAAUUCGAUCAAUUUCAAAAUGAAAUGAAACAACAAUUACGUGAUCUUCGUCAUGAAUGUGAUCUGUUGAAAGAAACUCAUUUACAACUACGAAAUGAUUGGUUGAAAGGACAAAGGUGUUUAACUGAACGACUUCAAACUCUUAUGAAUGAACUUGAUGAGAUUAAAAAGUUAAGAGCUAACGAUGCUGUAGAAUUAUCUAGAUUUCGUACAAUUUUAAUGCAAUUAGAUGCCAGUUCAAUUAUCAAUUCAUCGAAUCAUAUUAAUUUUGAUAAUUCAGAUUAUUUGGACAAAUCAUCAACUGGUACAGAGUUAAAUACAAAUUUAUUAUUAAAUCAAAAAAGUGUGAAUUUCACAAAAACUCACUUGAAUGAAACUGACGAAAAUCAUAGAGAUCAAAAUGAUAGUAUUGGUUUAUUCGAUAAUAAAUAUCAUCAGUCAAAUCAAAUCAAGUCAAAAACUACUAAAACUUCAAUGCGCCCCAGACCUGUUCCAACUUAUGGAACUGUCAGUAAUGUGGAUAAUUAAAAUUCUUGUUGUUGUUGUUGUUGUUGUUGCUAUUUGCGAUAUUUUUUUUAACUAUUCGAAUAACUUUUAAAAAGCUAUUCACUUUAAUGACAUCCAUUAGUAAAUAAAACGAUUCCCUAUACCUAUUGUUCUCAAGUUCAAACAGUGAAAAGUGAUUCUCUGUACAUAAAUUUUUUUUCCAUUCACCUUUGUUUUUGUAUUCAUUCCUGUUUGUUCCUAAUAAUUCGUAAUUGCUGCACAAAAAAAAACAUACAUACAUAUUUUGAUUUUAAACGAUUAUAUAACUUGAAAUUUUAUCGUAAACUUAAAACACAAUGAUCAUUUUUUUUUUAUUUCCUAAAGGUUAUUUGUGAUUAAUUUCAUUUAGUUUGAGGAGUUUUUCAUUAUCCAUAUCACUUCAACACAUUAUACUAAUAGUCAGUUUUGUUUGACCGUUAAUUAUUUUUACAAUAUUGUGUUUUCUCAUUCUUAUAUACUAAUUUGAUCUAUAGUUUACAUUGGUUUAGUUUUUCUAGACGAAGCAAUUAUCUAAUGGACAGAUUUUGUUUCGUUUUCAUACAAAAUAAUUUCACGCUUUGUAUGCAACCUAAUUUAUCAUUGAACAUGUAUUAAUUACGGUAAAGUAAUUGAGAUUUUUUUUAAAUUGAGUAAACAUAUAAACCAACUGCUCUGUAAUCUGUUACUUAAGACAAGUUGCAUUAAAUUGUAAUCGAUCGAUACACUUUUACGAUAAGUGGUGUACUCAAGUUUAAAAUUUCAAAGACAAUGUUCUACUGAAACUUGAUUAAACUGUUUUGAAGUCAGUCUAAC